CACCACCAUAGUCGGCAAGUUUCCCGACAUUCAUUUUUCUUUAAGACUGAUUAAUUAUGGAUCGGAGGGGAGGUUGCUGUAUUUCCCGGUAUACGCCGCCGGUGGGUUACGAUACGUUCAAGGUGAAUAACAUAAUGUUGAGAUUCCGGCCGAUCGCACCAAAACCGGCGGCCCCUGGGUCUGUUCCCGACGAACCGGCGUUUCAAGAAACUGUAAAGGGUACCCGCCGGAACAAGCGGAGAUAUGUCAGGUCAACUGCGUCAAACGAUAAGAUGAACAAAAAGAGCGGUAAGAAAAACAAAGCGGCAUCUCCGGCGCCGGAGAUCGAAAACCAGUACAGCCACGGUAAGACGGAAUCCUGCAGUUCGUCAGUUUCCAGCCUGGAGAGGGACGCCACGGUGGUUACUCUUCCACUUCUGCCGGAGAAACCGGACCGGAGAGAAUCUCCGGCGUUACCGGAUUUGGUGGAGCGGACCGGGUCGACAGGCCCGGGCUGGCUGAGAGAAUGCCACGUGCCGGCGGUGUUGCGAGGUGUGGGGUCGUGGGUGAUUGUGGAAGGCGUGACGGGCACGUGGCAGAUAGACGGUUACAGUCUAGGGCGAUGUGACCGAGAGAAGCGGAUGAAUCUUGAGCGCGACACGUGUCCGGGGCUCACAUCGGACGACGUGAACAGAGUGACGUGGACCAACUCGGCGUACAAGGAGAUGGUCGGGCAGAAGAGCGGAGCGGCGGCGUGGGUGGUGCUGGGCGACGGCGUACGGAUGCCGGCGACCAAGGAGGCGGCACUUACGUGCAGGGUGAGGGUGGUCAGGUGCGGCGGGAAAGAGGAGAGCUACGGCAGGCGCGGCGGAUUGGUGGUUCUGUGCGAUGUGUGGAGGAUGGACGGCGGAGGGUUUGCAUGGCGUUUAGAUACUGAGCUGAGUCUGAGAUUAGGGUUAGCAUAUGGGGGUUAAUUAAUUUGUGGAUGGUUGACCGUUGACUUACUUUAUAGAGUUGAUGAAGUAUAGGAGAGAUGAAAUGAUGUAUGUAGAAGAGUAAAUUCUCUGAAUACGAGUAAAUAUAAGUAAAAAUGUUUUGAAAUUUCAAAAUAAGAGUAUCAUGUUUUUUAUUCUCUAAAUAGGAGUAAUUUCUUCCAAGUUUGACAUUUCUAGACUUUUAAACAUGACAUUUUUUUAUAAAUUUGGCAGAUUACUCCAAAAAACAUGAUACUCCUAUUUUGGAAUUUCAAAACGUUUUUACUUCUAUUUAGGGCAAUUUCUAUACGUAGAAUUGUAGAAAGGCUUUGUUCACGUCGUACAAACCGAAAAUGUUAUCCAAUACAACCUAGCUAGAAAGAAUGUAAUAAUCCUUUCUUUGUGUUUAUUUCUGCCUAAAUAAUACGGAGUACUCCAUUUGAGUUAGGAUGUUUUUAUUAAUUUGAUGAUUUGAUUAGAUCUGUUUAACUU